CUGCUGAGAGACCAAAGCGAGUGUCUGAGGAGAGCGAGAACUUGUGGGGUUUGGCUAAGAGCAGACCAGUGGCGCUGUGCUGUGCUGUGUGAGGCGGGGUAACUAGCUACUGCAAUCUUCCAAGUCUCAUAUCGACCGAACUGAGCAAGUUGGAAAAGCUCCAGCUUCAGUCGCUCACACUGUGAUGUCCGUUCAUUCAGCCAAGUUCUCAGAGCAUGUCUAAGGGUCCAGCAGUGGGGAUUGACCUGGGCACCACAUACUCCUGCGUGGGCAUCUUCCAGCAUGGCAAAGUAGAGAUCAUCGCCAACGACCAGGGGAACAGGACCACGCCCAGCUACGUUGCCUUCACUGACUCUGAGAGGCUGAUUGGUGAUGCUGCCAAGAACCAGGUGGCUAUGAACCCCUCCAACACAGUGUUUGAUGCCAAGCGUCUGAUUGGCCGGCGCUUUGAUGACCAGGUGGUGCAGUCUGAUAUGAAGCACUGGCCUUUCACAGUGGUGAGCGAUGGUGGGAAGCCCAAGAUGGAGGUGGAGUACAAGGGUGAGAAGAAGACCUUCUAUCCUGAAGAGGUGUCCUCCAUGGUACUCACAAAGAUGAAGGAGAUCUCAGAGGCCUACCUGGGCAAAUCUGUAACAAAUGCUGUCAUCACAGUACCUGCCUACUUCAAUGACUCCCAACGGCAGGCCACCAAAGAUGCUGGAACGAUUGCUGGCCUGAAUGUCCUUCGCAUUAUCAAUGAGCCAACUGCUGCAGCCAUUGCAUAUGGUUUAGAUAAAAAGGUUGGCGGGGAGCGCAAUGUCCUAAUCUUUGACCUGGGUGGGGGCACCUUUGAUGUAUCCAUCCUGACCAUUGAGGAUGGAAUCUUUGAGGUAAAGUCCACCGCUGGAGACACUCAUCUGGGUGGGGAGGACUUUGACAACCGCAUGGUCAACCACUUCAUCGGGGAGUUCAAGCGCAAGUUCAAGAAGGACAUCACCAACAACAAGCGAGCCGUACGGCGUCUGCGGACUGCCUGCGAGAGAGCCAAGAGAACCCUGUCCUCCAGCACCCAGGCCAGCAUAGAGAUCGACUCCCUGUACGAGGGCGCAGACUUCUACACCUCCAUCACCAGGGCGCGCUUUGAGGAGCUGAAUGCUGAUCUCUUCCGUGGUACCCUGGAGCCCGUGGAGAAAGCCUUGAGGGACGCCAAGCUGGAUAAGGCCCAGAUCCAUGACAUCGUCCUGGUGGGCGGCUCCACCAGAAUCCCCAAGAUCCAAAAGCUGCUGCAGGACUUCUUCAAUGGCCGCGACCUCAACAAGAGCAUCAACCCCGAUGAGGCUGUGGCUUAUGGUGCCGCUGUGCAGGCUGCGAUCCUUGCGGGUGACAAGUCCGAAAAUGUGCAAGACCUGCUACUGCUGGAUGUCACCCCCCUGUCUCUGGGCAUUGAAACAGCAGGGGGGGUCAUGACUGUUCUCAUCAAGAGGAACACCACCAUCCCCACCAAGCAGACCCAGACUUUCACCACCUAUUCCGACAACCAGCCUGGAGUUCUCAUUCAGGUAUUUGAGGGUGAGAGAGCUAUGACCAAAGACAACAACCUCCUGGGCAAGUUUGAGCUGACAGGCAUCCCACCUGCUCCUCGUGGUGUCCCCCAGAUUGAGGUGACCUUCGACAUUGACGCCAAUGGCAUCCUUAAUGUUUCAGCCGUCGACAAGAGCACUGGCAAAGAGAACAAGAUCACUAUCACCAAUGACAAAGGUCGUUUGUCUAAAGAGGACAUUGAGCGCAUGGUACAGGAAGCGGACCAGUAUCGCACUGAGGAUGAAGCCCAGAGAGAGAAAGUCACUGCCAAAAACUCACUGGAGUCCAUAGCCUUCAACAUGAAAAGCACUGUCGACGAUGAGAAGCUGAAAGACAAGAUCAGCCCUGAGGACAAGAAGACAAUAGUUGACAAAUGCAAUGAGGUUAUUUCCUGGCUGGACAGGAACCAGACAGCUGAAAAAGAUGAGUAUGAACACCAGCAGAAAGAGCUGGAGAAAGUUUGCAACCCCAUUAUCGCCAAGCUGUACCAGGGUGCCGGCGGAAUGCCAGGCGGAAUGCCGGGCGGGAUGCCAGGCGGAAUGCCGGGCGGAAUGCCGGGGGGAAUGCCUGGGGGCUUCCCCGGAGGUGCUGGGGCUGGGGCUGGGGGUAGCUCCUCCGGCCCAACCAUUGAAGAGGUGGAUUAAUCUGGCAAGCAACAAGGCGAUAGAUUACAUUCACCCAUCGUUAAUCACAUCAUUACACAGUAUAUUAGCCCCCUUAUUCAGUUAUUCCAUAACUAUUUCCCCGAUUGGACUCACAUUCAGAAAAUAGAAAUGCAACCAGCGAAAUUCCGUAAUCUCCAAAUAUUAGCUGUGAUAAAUAGACAUAAAGCACAGACAGCACUGACACACAAUACUAGACACCAGCAAUGAACAACCUACAAUAAACAGAUUGAAGUUAUAGCUCGGCAUCGCUUCCAUUCCCUUUAGCUUACACUUCAUGUGAGUAGAGCAUUUUGUCUCAUUGUUACCAUUAGGAAUAAGUGACCUUCAUUUGAAUAACAAUGGCUCAGGAGGUAAGAUCCUGAAUAAAGGCACAAUGGAUAAGAGCAGUCGUCUGGCAGUCAGAAGGUCAUCGCCCAAGGUGUGUUGAAGGGUCCUGACGAGCUGGUUGGUGCCUUCCCAAACGCCAUUAGUGAGUUUGUGAAUGGGUGAAUGAGACGCAUCAAUUGUGCAGCGCUUUGGAUAAAGGCGCUAUAUAAAUGCAGACCAUUUAAUCAGGGAUUGCCCACUUAGAGUAUUUGUAUAAUUUUUACACUGCUAAUUUAAAAGGAAAAUUGCCUCUCUGCCAAAUGAAAAUUUCAUACCAUUAUAUGGCUGUAUGCAGAACAAUAAAUGCAGAAGGAUUUGGAUCA